CGCUUGAGCCCGGCGAUUUGCCUGCUUACUCAUUCAAUAAUACGGUACAGUCAGCAAGGGAUCUUGGCAGCUGCGAACUCGAAGCACUUCUUAUUUGUUGAGCCUGCUCCAACUUCAGCUUGGGCGAGUAAGGGCUUACCUGCUUUGUUCUCUUGCCUGCAUCAUAUGGAUGCAUUCCUCAAUUGAGCCUACCAAAUCAAGUGUUGUAGCAAUGAAAAGUAACAUACCAAAUGGUGUCAUAUGUUGCAAUUGCGGCCAUACCCUCCGGACAAAUCCCUCCCUACAAAUCCCACCGUCGCCACAGCUGUCCCAGCUUCUCCACACGAACGACCCCCCCUCCGACGUGCAGGCUACCUGGUUCCGCAAUGUCGGGAUACCAGGUAUUCGAGACGACGUCUCCCAGCUUGACGACAGGAUCCGUAGUGUUGGAGCGUUGCUACACCAACUCGAGCAAGAGCGGGCUCUUCUCCAAACCCGAGCCGACGCGUUUGCGUCUGUCCUGUCCUCCGUCCGGCGUAUUCCAAAAGAGGUCCUUACUCGCGUAUUCAUCUUCGCUACGGCAGACGACACAUGCGAUGCUUUGAAUAUCAAGGCCGGUCCUUGGGUAUUCAUGCACGUCAGUCGCUUCUGGCGUAAGACCGCCUCUUCCUGCCCGUCUCUCUGGUCUAGACUGCGAAUUAAUGGCAUCUUUAGCCAUAGAGACCCGUCGUCCCUUCUAUCCACAGUCCUCCGCCUCUCUGACCAGAAUAUACAGCACUUUACGUUUACUUGCGAUGACGACGACGAAGGAGUGGGCGACGCCGAUCAUGAAAAGAUGCUAGCGGAUGUUCUUCGAGUGCUUUUGGAACAUUCCAGACGCUGGGAACGUAUCUCAUGUGUCCUUCCCACUAACGUGCUUGCGCUGCUUUCAGCUGCGCGAGAGCGUUUCGAUUCUCUCAUAUCCGUCUCACUGCGGUGCUCAGAUUCCGGAGAGCUCGAGACGCUCGACGCCUUUGAGGUUGCACCCAAGCUAGUAGAGGCAUCUUUCGAUGGCUUUCAUUGGAGGACGAAGAUUCGGUUACCAGGCCAUCUUACCACUUACAGCGACACGCGGCCUCAGGGAGAUACCACACUUACUCCAUGCUACCUCGAUAUGGUUCAGCGGAGCCCUCGGCUGGAGACAUUCAGGGUCAAUCACUGUGACACCGAAGGUGUAUCCUACCAGCUUCCACGACUAUCCCGCGUCACGCAUAAAUCCCUAAGGCGCCUAACAGCAUGUGAUGACCUCUUCUUAGACAACCUUGUGCUUCCCGCCCUUGAUACCAUGAACAUCGAACCAGGAGAUCGCCGCGAGUGCCCUCCCAGUGCUUGCAUAUCCGUCCCAGACCUUAUCGUCCGCUCCCAAUGUUCACUCACCUCGCUAUCCCUAACAAACGCUGCUCCAGACAGCAAUUUUAUCCACAUCCUACAGUUGACGCCUCACCUCCAAUCUCUACAACUCCGAUUCCCGCUCUGGAUAGACAGGACCUGGCUCUACGAAUCGCAUAUGAAGACGCUGAUAACGCGUCUGGCUGAACACUCCAAGUUGGGUGCAGUGCACGUUCUGGUGCCUCAGCUACGGGAGAUACACAUCGAAAUUGGGAGAAGGAACGAGCUUAUUGACGAGCUCGUCUUUUUGGAUCGGUCCUUCGUCAAUCUGAUCCAUACGCGGUGGAAUUUGGGUUCAUUCUCGUUGGUGCGCUUUGAAGGAUGGGCGAGGUGGACGAGGUUGGAUGAGCAUCAUUUUCAGGAAUUGAAGCGGAUGAAAGGGGAGGGACUCGAGGUUGUUUUCAGGACGCUGAGCAAGGGUGUGAUGGUGGACCGUGUUUGAUUUGUUUUGCUAGUUUUGUUUGUAUUCGCUUUGUCGUCGAGAUUUUUGCUGAACGCUUUCCUUUCGUUGGAUGAGAUCUCUCCCGGAAGUUGACGUAAUUCUGCUAUACCUCUACGGAUGCCAAAGAU